AGGUUGCUCGGCUCCGCCGGGCGUGCGCGCGUGCGGAGGCCCCCAGGCUCCCGGACCUUCAAGAACUGCUCCGGGCUCCGGCGGGCUGAGCUCGUUGUAAAUCGAGAGUUGAGAAUCUGAUGGCAUGGCUUUAAUUACCUUGCGGAGAAAUCUUUGUCAUUUUUCUGAUUUUCGGAUGAAUGGAGCUCUGUCUGCUCUGAAAAAUCAAUCUAUAAAUCAUGUUCACAAGGCUGUCAAGGAGCGUCUGUACCCAUGGUUGUUCUGUUCACUACAACCUGGGCCUUUCAGGGUCAGGUUCCAUCAUGCCUGUUGUAAAAAGUUCCAUUCAGAAAAUGGAAAUGACCUUCAUCCCGUGGGUGAGCCAGGGCUACCUCAAGUACAUGAUUGGGACAGUUUUGAACAAAAUCUCAAAAACAUGGAUGAACAGAUAUUUUACAGGAGACUGAACAACUUCACUUCAUCAGAAGAAGUGCUAAGUUUUAUAAGCACACUGCAAACUUUGCCUGAUACUAUGGCAGCAGGAGCCUUACAACGGAUUUGUGAAGUAGGGAAAAAAGAUGGUGAUCAAAGGCCACCAAAGGAAAUCCUAGAGAAUCCCAUCUUUCAAGCUUUAUGUGUUCAGUUUGAACAGGAACCCUCAAGUCUGUCAAACACCAGUUUGGUGACUGCUUUGCAAGCCCUGACUCUGCUGUCUGUGGAUCCCCAAAGUAGCUUGUUACUGAACCUGGUGGCAGAAUGUCAACAUCGUCUCAAAAGGGGUUGCCUGGAAGUCCACAAUCUCUGUGUCCUUGCAGAAAGUCUGCUUAAACUACAAGGUCCAGGUUGUGCGACAGUAGACCUGAUUAUACAUCAAUUACAAGGUGAAAAGUUGGAAGAAUUUACCCCUGAGGAUACUGUCGCCCUUUAUAGAAUACUGCAGACAUGUACUGAAAAAGUGGACCAACACCAGACAUUUCUAAAUAAGAUAAACAGCUUUUCUCUGUCUAUAGUUUCCAAACUGAGUCCUAAAUCAAUAAGCCAAAUGCUCACUGCCCUAGUGGUUCUUGAUCAAACUCAGGCACUUCCUCUGGUUAUAAAAUUGGGUAAAUAUGUUGUGAGGCAUAUCCCUCAUUUCACUAAUGAAGAGCUCGGAAAAGUCUUAGAAGCUUUCAUAUACUUUGGGCACCAUGACCGAUUUUUUAUAACAGCCCUGGAGCGGCAUGUAGCCUCACUUUGUCUUACUAUGGACCCCGAGGCUAUCAGCAAGGUCAUGGAGUACUGCAGUAGAAAACACAUCCUUUCAAAACCCAUCCUGAAUGCAGUGGCGGAAACUUUUGUUUGCCGUUCAGAAGAAUUUUCACCUUGUCAGAUAUCUGCGUUGAUCGAACCAUUUGGAAAACUGAAUUAUUUACCACCAAAUGCCCCUGCUUUAUUUAGAAAGCUAGAAGAUAUGUUAUUUGCUCAGUUCAAUUCUUUUCCUCCCAAAACACUAUUGAAACUUCUCCAUUCUUGUUCACUUAUUGAAUGCCAUCCAGUCAACUUUAUGGCAAAAAUAUUCAGCCCUCACUUUCUUCAGAAGCUGCAAGGUGAGGAAUCAUAUUUGGACAGACUGAGUCUAGCACAACUGACCCAGCUUUUCUUAACCUCGAUUCUAGAAUGCCCUUUCUAUAAGGGUCCAAAACUUCUUCCUAAGUAUCAAGUGAAAUCAUUUCUUACUCCGUGCUGCUCCCUGGAGACACCCAUGGAUUUUCAGCUUUAUAAGUCUGUGAUGUUUGGACUGAUCGACCUUUUAGGAGCAAGAUUGUAUUUUGCUUCAAAAGUAUUAACACCCUAUUACUACACAAUAGAUGUCGAAAUCAAAUUAGAUGAAGAAGGAUUUGUAUUACCAUUUAAAGUUGAUGAAGACAUACAUAAAAGGGUAGCGCUGUGCAUUGAUGGUCCAAAAAGAUUUUGUUUGAAUAGCAAACAUUUACUGGGGAAGGAAGCUAUUAAACAAAGACACCUACGCUUGCUUGGCUAUGACGUGGUUCAGAUCCCCUAUUAUGAGAUUGAAACACUAAAAUCAAGACUUAAAUUGGUGGAAUAUCUACAGAGGAAACUUUUUUCUCAAAACACUGGCAUUCAUUGGUGACAAGAAGAAAUACUGGCUUCAGAACUCAUAUUGUGAAGGAACUUCUGUUUCCAUGGGACUCAGUAUAAGAAAAAAAUGUACUGUAAUUUGUGAAAUAGCCCUUUCCUUAUGGACUGGUGAUCUGGAAAGGGUCUGUAGUUUACUUAUACCAUGUAUACAAUUGGUGAUAAAUUUAAAAUUAAUUUUUAUUUUUAUUAAUAGUAUUAUACUUUUAUACAAUAAAGUCAAAUAUAAUAAAAGUAUGUAAUGAGUAAGUUAUUGUUGAAUCUUUUGUCUUGUAAUAGUUACCUGCUAACUGAAAAUAAUGCUCUUUAGAGUCUUACCUUUGUUUCCUCUUCUAAUAAACGUAAGGAAGAAAUUUUA